AUGUCAAACUAUUUUGAAACUGAUUCUUGGCCCAACGAAUUUGACGAUUUUCCUACUCACCACGCGUUAACACUACCAAGCAAGAUUAUAAAACGUAUAGCGCAAUAUCUAGACGUCCAGCAUGACCGCUUCAACUUUUGUCUUGUCAACAAAAGAUGGACUCCCGCAGCUACAGAAAUUUUAUGGUCAGAACCUGUAUUUAAUACACCAGAUUCUUUCCACUCGUUCUGUCGUUCUGUUAGACAAUCAAGGUCAUUUGCUCUUAGAGUUCGCGUAUUAGAUUUAUGUGCACCAGAAGAUGAGCUUAUAAACUUUUUUGCGCCUGUUUUAAAGUCAGAACGUCAAGAGCAUCAAAAAAUGCGUACUUAUGUGUUAUCAAAGCCAAAUUCUAUCAUGAAUUUAAUUCGAUCAUGCGAGAAUUUAAAGAGUAUUAAAAUAUAUGGGUGGAAUCUUAAUGAUAGUCACAUACAAUCUUUAAUUCAAUAUUGUCCGGGACUCGAGGAAUUUCGCGUGGUAGGGAACCAGAAUCUCUCUCAGUUCUCUGUCUAUUCGCUUAUAAAUUGUAUUCCUGUCCUUCGUGUUCUCGAUCUGGAUGGAAUUUUUGUUUUAUCGGAUAAUUUCGCAGAGACAUUAGCGACCAAAUGUUCCCAACUCACCUCACUUAAGAUUUGUACAGAUUUGAUGUCCGUACGUGGUUUCGAUAUUUUAGCUGGAAAAUUAACGCGUCUGAAGGAAUUAGUGUUACAAAACUGUUCGCAAAUGUCAGACGACAACAUCGAACGUUUUGUACGUAACAAUUCUAGUUUACAAACACUGUUGCUAUCGGGUGAUAAACUGUCUAUUAGGUCUUUUCAAGCUAUUAUUUCUUCGUUGGAAAAUUUGCGUCACCUAGAUCUGAGGUGCUUAAAAGAAAUGUCUCAUACUAUCAAAUGGGUCACGCCACUCGGACAGAAAUUGCAUACAAUAUUAUUCGAUAAUUUAUCUGUGGAUGAUGAUCUAAUUGAUAUUCUUUCAAACAAUUGCAAACACGUAGAGAUAUUUGGACUUUCUAGAUGCCCGUUCGUGACAGAUCGGUCAAUAGAUAGCAUUGCUGAACACUCUGAAAAUUUGCGCAUCGUCAAUUUAAUAGGAUGUCAUAAGAUUACUGACACUUGUUUAAGAAUUUUGGCGAACAAAGCAUGUUAUACGCUUGUUCAAUUGCUUGUUGAUUCAUGUGGAUUUUUCGAUCCAGCAGGAGUGCGUUGGUUUGUUUCUAAUACUUUUAAACUUGUAAGAAUUACAUUUUGCAAGAUGCCAUCAAUAUCAGAGUCCUUUGUCUAUCAAUUCUCCACAGAACAUUAUUCAAAUUUCGACAAUCCGACCGGUAGAUGUACUAUCGAGG